AUUCCAUGGAGAUUAUAUAUUAAAGGGAAUUUCGUAUGGUCCUUUUGCAAUUGAUGCAAACAAGUUGUGUGCUUCUAAGAUUCAACCUCAGCAUGGCCGGCCUCCUAAAAUGCUAUGAUACCGGGAACUUCACCACGAGUGGUACAUAUGGCAAGAACCUUGAUCUAUUCCUAUCUUCUCUCCUAGCUAAUGUAUCAAGAAAUGGUGGUUUCUACCGUGCCACCAUUGGCCAAGGCUCCAACAUAGUUCAUGGCUUAGCUCUUUGCAGAGGAGAUACUGCGUCUGAAGCUUGUUCUAACUGCGUCAAUUUAAGAGUCAGAGAAAUCAAAGAAGGCUGUCCCAACCAGACAGAAGCACUUUUAUUUUUGGAAGGGCAGUUGUUUGUCUGGUACGCUAUGCAAAACCGCUCCAUCUUUGAAACACUGGAGCUAAAGCCUUCACAAGCAGGCUCCUAUACGGGAAACAUUUUGGAUGUCGCAUGGAAUGUAACACAAUUUUAUCAGAUAUGGGAUAAUUUGAUGGAUGGCUUGGUGGAAAGUGCUUCCAAUGGCACAUCCAGUCUCAAGUUUGCAACCGGAAUAGCAAAUGUGGAAUUAGAAAAGAUAUAAGCACUAAUGCAGUGCACCCCAGAUCUAUCUCAGAAAGAUUGCAAAGCGUGCUUAAAUCAAGCAGUUGAUCAGUAUCAAAGAUGUGGCCAUGGGUACCAAGGUGGUUAUGUCCUCACACCAAACUGUCAUUUUCAAUGGGAUUCAUAUUCCUUCUUUAAUUCAUCAGAUGAUACUCUAAAUUUAAAUUCUCCACUGCCACCUCCACCUCCACAUAUUAGUCCUCUACUUUCAGCUACAAAUAACAGUACAAAUAGAGGAGAUAAUGGAGGCCAUGAAUCCCAAGCUGUUGUAAUCAUUGUUGUUCCAAUCAUUAUUUUAGUGGCAAUAUUGGCACUUGCUUGUAUUCUUCUUCGAAAAAGGAAGAACAGAAAGCAGGAGAAUAGAAGUAAAGUCAGUUGUCAUUAAUUGUUUAACUCUUGUUUGUUGUCACCUAGGAUAACUCAAGGCUGGACUUGUACGACUAACAAACUUCUCCAUCUUAGCAGAUAAUUGCUGGUCUUGUACUAAUUUUUCUCCAGCAAAUUAUGAUGUAGCUAUGUAGCCAGAAAGUCAAAUGGCAUAAAGGUUGAAAGGGUAUUUCGUUUGUUAACUCACUUUCUGGGUGAAGGUGCAGAUAAUAG